AUGUCAUCUCUAGUUAACAAAGAUGACAGUGAUGAUUCCUUGAUAUCUGAAAAUAGCCCAUCUAUAUUCAAUAUAUUUGAAUUGUUAGAUCCUUUGGCAUCUAAAGUUGCUGCAAGACAGCUACCAAUUUUUUCAAAACGGUCGCAUAAUCAAGAUAAUAAAAGUGAGAAGCCCAGUACUAGGUCUAAAAUAUAUCGACAUUAUCGCAAUGGAGCUAAAAUACCGAUUAAUGAGUUAAGACAGAAAAUAUUUAAAAGGAUAAAAGCAUUAGACCAACCGUUAGAUUUGAUAUUUUUUAAGAAUCCAUCAGUUAUUGAAAAGCUUUUUUAUCCUUUUACGUUAUUUAAUAUAUUUGCAAUUGGUUAUAUAAUGGGCAAGUUUCCAGAGUGGUUUCACAUAUAUUAUUCCAUUAUGUUUGGUAUAUUAAUGCCUGUAAGAUUUUAUACAUAUUACAAAACUCAAAAUCAUUAUUAUAUGGCGGAUCUAUGCUACUUCGUCAAUAUAAUGUGUCUUGUGUUUAUUUGGAUAAGAUCUGAUUCCAUUAUGUUAUUUCAUUCUUGCUUUGCAUUUUCUUUUGGUUCCCUAGCAUUCGCUGUUAUUGCCUGGAGAAAUUCAUUGGUAUUACAUUCAAUUGAUAAAACAACUUCAUGUUUCAUACAUAUUAUGCCGCCUUGUACGAUGUAUAUUAUAUAUUAUGGUAUUUCUGAAUCCUACAAGCUGGAGAGAUUUCCAGGAGCGAGAAAGUCAAUAGAUUUAAAGACAAAUAUAUUAUGGACGUCUCUAUUUUAUCUAUUAUGGCAGUCAUUGUAUCAUUAUUUUAUUACAGUAAGACAAUCGUCCAAGAUAAAAGCCGGUAAAAGAAUGACGAGUUUCGAAUAUCUCACGACACAUCAAUUCAAGAAUUGGUGGGUAGUUAAAUUGAAUGAUCCUUGGCCUGCUGUCAUUUAUAUUCUAUUGCAAUAUUUCUAUCAGCUAAGUACUAUGCUCUUAUGUAGUAUAUGGUUGAGAUAUAAAUUGGCUGCUUCUCUCUUCCUAAUAUUUAUAUUCCUUUGUGCUGCCCAUAAUGGUGCUACAUAUUAUAUUGAUUAUUAUGGAAAAGCUUAUCUGGAUGAAGUAAUGAAACUUCGUAGAGAGGUAGGGAUAUUACAACAAAAGUUAGAUUCUGUUAACGAUAAUGAAAUUAGUAUAGACCUCGACGAUGAACAACGGACAGAUCAUUUGAAUGUAGUAUAUAAUAAUAUUGGUAAUCAAAGAAGUGAUGUAUCUAUUAGAAGUCAAAGUAGCAGCAUCCUUUCUCUGGAUAAUGACAAAGAAGAUUGA